AUAAAUAUAUAUGAAAAGUUCAUGACAAUGAAAUCAGCUCGCUGCACGCAAGAACAUGUCAAUGGCUGACUCCAGCGGGAAAAGCUGUCAUCAUCAUCAUCAUCAACUUCAACAAUCUUUCGGCAUAGCCAAGAGAUGCUCCUCUGUUUCCUGCUCCGUCUUCCUCCUUCUUCUCUUUGUUUCCCCCACUCUCAUCUUCAACUGGCUUGACCUUAAAACAAUUCUGGGAGUGAAUUACAUGAACGGAAACAUGACAUCGCCGGCGUCAAAAGCAUUGUGCCCGGAGCACUUCCGGUGGAUUGAGGAGGACUUGAAGCCAUGGAAGAGCACAGGAAUCACAAGAGAGAUGGUGGAAUUAGGGAAGAGCCUGGCAGACUUUAGACUGGUGAUUCACAAGGGAAGAGCCUACGCGGAGACAUACAGGAAGGCAUUCCAAACAAGGGACGUGUUCACGUUGUGGGGAAUCACACAGCUUCUGAAGAUGUAUCCCGGGAAGCUUCCAGAUCUGGAGCUCUUGUUUCAAUGCGGGGACAGGACUGUGGUGAAGACGUCAAGCUUUCAAGGAUCGCGUCCUACGUUGUCACCGCCGCCUCCUGUGUUUCAUUACUGCGGGGACAACAGCUCCUUUGACAUCGUAUUUCCUGAUUGGACCUUCUGGGGUUGGGGUGAGGUCAACAUAAGGCCAUGGGAGACGAUACUACAAAAUAUACGGCAAGAGAAUGGCAAGAUGAAAUGGAAGGAUAGGACACCCUAUGCCUUCUGGAAGGGCAACCCCACCACUUCUCCUACAAGGAACCACCUCCUCAAAUGCAAUGCUUCCCGUCCACAUCAUUCCAAUGCUCACAUAUAUUCCCUCAGAUGGGAUGAGGAGAUUAAACAAAAAUUCAGGAAUACAAAGCUAGAAAAUCAAUGUACCCACAGGUACAAAAUUUAUGCAGAAGGAGUAACGUGGUCAGUGAGCCAAAAGUACAUACUAGCAUGCGACUCCAUGACCAUGUUCAUAGAACCCAAGUACUAUGACUUCUAUUCAAGAAGCUUGAUUCCGUGGCGGCAUUACUGGCCCAUCAGCACCAAAAAUAUGUGCCAAGAUAUUAAGUCUGCGGUUGACUGGGGCAAUUCCCAUCCCGAUCAAGUCCAUGCACAAAAAAUAGGGAGAGAUGGAACGAAAUAUGUGGAAGAGAAGGUGAAGAUGAAGCUGGUGUAUGAUUAUAUGUUUCACGUUCUGAGAGAAUAUGCGAGUCUGAUGAGAUUCAAGGCGAGAAUACCAGAAAGAGCCGUGGAGGUUUGCACACAAGUAGAGGAUUGUCACAUGGAAGGUGUGUGGGAAGAGUUUUUGAAUGAAUCGAGGGUCGAGUCACCAAGUGUAGAACCAGCAUGUGACUUACCUCCUCCAUAAAGCUGGGGACAAAAGUGAUCGUGUACACACACACACACACAGGAAUAAUUGUGACAAUAAAAGAAAUAAACAUUAUACCUAGCUAGUCGUAUCCUUUUACAUAUAUAUUUCUGUCUCACACUAAGCAGGACGUCUGAUCAAAUGGUUGAUGAGAGUGUGCUGUCAUUUUUCUAUGAACAUGUGACAAUAUCACUAUUCAAACAUAACAUUAUGCCCACAGUGAUGUGAUUAUGGAAGCGUAUCAUCUCUGAUAUGGCCUCAAAUAAAAGGACCUUAUAUGAGGAG